AUGGUCAAACGACAAAAGCAUAGAUCAAACUAUCAUACAGAUAAUCCUGAAAAAUAUUUUAAAAUAAAUGUAUUCCUUCCAUUUCUGGUCAAUUUAGUGCAACAAUUAAAUGACCGAUUUAUAAACCACAAAACUAUUAUAGCUGGCUUUUAUUUUCUCAUUUCUAAUAAAAAUUAUAAUCAACAAGCUAUCAAAGAUUUAAGUGAGUUUUAUUCUGAUGAUAUUGAUCAAGAAGUUAUUGAAACAGAAGUAAAGUUAUGGCAUACACAUUUGGAAAAACUAAGCAUAAAAAGUGUUCUUGACGCUCUUGAUAACUGCAAUAAAAACCUAUUUCCAAAUGUUUUUAAAGUCCUUCAAAUAUUUGCAACAUUGCCUGUGACAUCAUGUGAACCUGGAAGAAGUUUUUCUACAUUAAAACAAAUAAAAACUUAUCUUAGAAAUUCUAUUGGCCAGUUUAGACUUAAUGGAUUAGCAUUUUUAAAUAUUCAUCGUGAAGUCGAAGUAAUAGUAGAAGAAGUAAUACAAAAAUUGUCAUUCAAUCAAAAAUGGAUUUUAUUUUAUAAAAUAUUUUUUUUUUCAUUAUUAUCUAUUGAUAAUACCAUACAGACAUUAUGUAUACAUAAUUAA